UAUCAUUUUCAAAGAAUACUCCAAAAAUACGCGGUUAUCUUAUUGCCCUUAAAACCAUUAAUAAUGUUGUAACCAUUGUAAUGUUGUCAAACAUUUAUCAACUCCUUACUAGAGAUAAAGGUCACUAACAGACCACUAACACAUUAACGAUAUCGCUUGAUCAACUUCAAACAUCACAUAGUUAUCGAAUAAAGUCACUUUAUAACGAAAAGAAAACAACAUAUCGCUCCAUAAUCAAGAAGCAACUGAAAGCCAGAAGCGCAUUUAUAUGAAAUUUACGUAAGUAUGACACACGAAUACACACGCACAUAUAUAUAUGUCUUCACGGUCGAUCUUUCAGCCAUGUACAGCGCGAGGAAAAGCAUGCUGGAAAGAAGAGACGUGAAGUGAACGCGUGUCGGCUCUCAUCCGCGGACGAUUCUGUGGUUCGCAGCAGCAAUAAUAACAGAGUGUGUGUUAUCGAAUUUGCGUCCGCGAGUUCGACCGAUUGUUGCACGUUUCGGAUUACAAAUCACGAGUACGUGCAAUUUCGUGUGACAUUCAUGCACGUCACGCAUCUCACAUCUCCCUCCGCGCGCUUCACAUACGCCAAGAGGAUACCGCACGACGUGCUGUAGCGAUCACAGUGCCGUAUCGACCACGGUAGUUUUUAGUGCUGACGUAGUCGAACGACGUCCCACGUGCAGAGGAAGCUGCUAAAUAACUAUAGAUUUGUACCGGACUCAUUGCGCUAACCGCUAACAAGCUCUCGUUUACCAUCUAGUCUACGAUUGGAGAAGUUACUUGAGAUUGCUACAGGAAACGUGUAAUUAGGCCAAAUGGAUCGGGCCAAAGGACGAACCUUGAUGGGUAAUUGUCGUAUCCGAAAGCUUGGCGUAAGCGUAGUUAUACUUGGAACCUUCAUCGCGUGUAUGCUGUUAGCGUACACGGCGUUUGCAUCUCCGGUUACCGAACGUGAAACGUUGCAGCAGGUGGUUUUUCUCUUUCGUCAUGGCGAUCGAACUCCUACAGAGACCUAUCCUAAAGAUCCUUAUAUAAAUUACAAUUGGCCUGGUGGCUGGGGCUCUUUGACCAAGAAAGGAAUGCGUCAACUGUAUAACUUGGGUCAGUGGAUACGCUUAAAAUACGGCCCUAUAAUCGGUCAUAAAUUCGAGAGCACAGCCACGCUGAUACGUAGCAGCUACAGGGAUCGGUGCAUCAUGUCGGCACUGGCAUUACUCGCUGGAUUGUUCACACCAAGUCCCGAGGACAUAUUCGUGCCUGGUUUGACAUGGACUCCUAUUCCUGUACACUCGAUACCACGGGAAUUGGACAAGCUGAUUGUGAUGAAGGCACCAUGUCCAAAGCUAGAAGCGGCUCUAAAACAGGCGUAUAUAGAGGAAGACAAAAAAUCGGGUAAGAAAAUGGCCAAGUAUUAUAAGGAACUAACGCAGCACACUGGACAGAAUAUGACGCUCACCAAUAUCGAGUUUCUUUACAACACCCUCCAGAUCGAAGAGCAACACAAUUUACAGCUUCCAGCAUGGACGCAGAAUUUUUACAACGACGAGAUGCGCGAAAUAGCCGCUCGUAGCCUCGCAAUCUUCACCGAGGGCACUAUUCAAAAGCGUCUUCGUGGAGGCCCGCUACUAAAAGAGAUUUUAUAUCACAUGGAAGAGAGUAAAGCUAAAUCGAAACGAUCUUAUUUUUAUUCCGGUCACGACAUAACUAUCGUUAACGUGAUGAGGACAAUGGGAUUCACGAAGCUUCUUAAACCAGAUUACGGAGCGAUGAUCAUAUUGGAGCUACACUUCGUCAAUAAUGGAACCGACCAAGAAGUAAAGGCACUAUAUUUGAAUAAUACGGAAACGGACAACGCGCAUCGUUUGGAAAUUCCUAACUGCGCGAGUCCUUGCCUAUUGCAAAACCUGAAGCAAAUGUUGCACGAAGUGAUUCCGGACGAUUGGGACGCAGAAUGUAAAAUGUGAAUCCAUUGAUGAGAGUACGACGUAAAAAUUCAUACAUAUUUCAUAUUUACGUUAAACGAUACAAACAUUUCUAUUACAUUUCGAGCUGUCCUUAGCGAAAAUUCUUCUUUUAAAAAUUUUUUAAAUCUCACGCUCUUGGAUAGAGAUAUAGUCAUUACUCCGAUGCCAUUUAAAUCGAAAGAGCAAAUGUAUAGCUUAAUUAAAGAACCAAAAGAGAUUAAAAAUACAAGUUCCUUCAGAAAUAAAAUAAAAAUUUGCAGUUAUAUAAGGAAAAGUAAACAGAUAAAAUGUAAUAAAAUACGAGCGAAUCAGUUUACAAUUAUGUUUCUUAACCUGUUCAACAUGAUUGCACAUUUUAAGUCCGAAAUAUUCAUAUGAACUUUUACGCAUAAAGUACCACGCUGUACUCUCAUUGCUGGUCUCAUUAUAAAUUAUAUUUUUCAAAUAAGAUCUUGCUAAGUUUUCUUUUU